AUGACGGCAGAUCCCGCCUUACGCACGCGGAAGAUUCAAUCUCAUCGAAAAUCGCGGCGAGGCUGCCGGAACUGCAAACUACGAAAAGUCAAGUGUGAUGAAAGGCGGCCAAAGUGUGACAUGUGCGACAAGUAUGGGAUCUUAUGUAACUUCGAUCUGCGACACGACGACCUCCAGCUGUCCAGUACCGGCGCUUCAGCUAUCGACAUGACGAUUCUCGACCUAUCCCCAAAUUCCACUUCGAGCAAUGAUCUUUAUUCGAUCAGUAGCACCAAAACCGACACAUCGGCAUCUUCCUGCACCGAGGAAGCUCACGACUACAGGCCCACAGCCCAGGAUCUCGACACUCUUGGCCGCUUUUUCGCGAGGACGAUACAUACUCUGGGCUCCAGUAAAUCGGCAUAUAUAUAUCAUGGCGUUUAUUCGAAGCUGACCGAAGCAAAUCCCUUUCUAUUUCACAUCGUCUUGGCCCUGACUCUCCUUCACGACACAUAUAUCCAGCGAACAACCUCGCCGUCCAACUUUGAAGCCAUAGCGCGGCAUUGGUCACUUGGCGCAACGUUGUUGAACCAAGCCAUAUCGCAACCCAUAGCUCGAUUGUCUUCCUCGACUCGAGAUGCGAUGUGGGCAUGCGCAGGUUUGCUGGGCUGCUUGGCUUUCAGCAUCGUCGACGCCGACUCCGUAGAAGAGGCGUGGCCUUUAAAGCCACCUGACUCAAAUGAUCUCCGCUGGCUCGGCUUCUGCGAAGGGAAAUCGGCCAUCUUCAAAAUUUCCGACCCAUUGCGGGACGACAGCAUGUUUGUUCCGGUGAGGGAUCAAAUGGCGUAUUUCAUGAGCUUCAAGCCCGACCUGCCUCUGCCGGAGUUGCGGAAGACCCUGCCUGACGAGCUCUUCGAGCUCUGCAGUUUGGAUCCGGGAUCAACUUCGCCAGUCCUGUCAAGCCCAUACCUAGCUCCGAUGUCGUUGUUAGCGCAACUGAUGCCGGAGGAGUGCAAUCAAGAUAGUCACCCUCUUUUCCUGGGAUUCUUCAGGACACUUCAGGCGGGAUUUAAGGAUCUGCUUACCAAGAAAGACCCCGGCGCCCUACUUUUGCUGCUCUUCUGGUACUCGAAAGUUCUGGUUUUUGACGCUUGGUGGUUGCAGAAGAGGGCGAAUCUCGAGUACCUUGCCAUCUCUAGGUAUCUGGUCGAAGCUUGUACCGACGACCAGAGAGUGACCAAGCUUGUCGACCUUGUCCAGAGACGCUGCGGUAUUAAGAUGAACGGUUGA